AGGAAUUUUAAGAUGGCUCUCGUCUUGAUGGUGGUUGCGACGGCAAUGGUGGUUGUGUCGUAUAGACGGCUCUCAACGUCUAGCAUAUGGUCUAUAUUGAACGUUCGCGUGCGCACAUCUACUCCUGACGACAUUCAUAUUCCCAUCUUCACAGCACAGAAACAAAACUGGUCGAAAUACCUCAAGAUCAGAAAGGCCUUGGAGGGGGUUUUCAGCCCCAAAAUUCGGAUCGUGAGGGCGACCACACCGGCCGGCAAUUUGAAAAGAUGUCUUAAAGACGUCGCCAGGAAGAAGGAAUGUUCUGCGAUUACUCCAAUACGUCACUACAGCACAUGCGCACUGGUUGGAAACAGCGGCAUCCUCUUGAAUAGCAGCUGUGGAGACGAGAUUGACUCACACGACUUUGUUAUCAGAUUCAACCUGGGGCCCAUCCAGGACUACUCGACGGACGUUGGAAGAAACGUUAACAUGACCGUUGUUAACUAUGUGAUCGUCAGGAAACUGUUUCCCAUGUUCAGGAAAAACAAAACCUCACAACUUCUGAAUCUCCUCCGGCCGUUCAACAACUCGGUGUUGCUGCUCGCAAAAGUGGAUGCCUACAGUAAAAAGUUCCUGAAAGAAAGGAAAACGAUGGAGAAGCUCAUGAGAGAAAGGAACUUGAACAUGACGAUUGUCCUGUCAAACUUAAAUGGAACUGGAUGGCACUGGUCAAGGUUGUUGUUAAGUUUGGACGCUAGUUCAACCAGCAGACUAUGGUCUGGUCUUGGCGGGGAACUCAAGCCCUUUCCAACCACCGGUCUGCUCCUUCUGGGGGAGGCGAUAACGUUCUGCGAUCACGUGAAAAUGUUCGGUUUCUACCCGUUCAACAAGGACCACCAGAACCGCACGAUUCCCUACCACUACUGGAGAGACUUCAUAGCAGUUCCCUCCAAAACACCUCACAAAUUUGUGGCUGAGUACAAGCUACUUGGAGCUUUAAUCAAUGACGGGAUUAUGAAUCACACAGUGGACUGCAACGUCAUUGAAUGGACCACAGAACAGACGAGAACGAACAUAACGUUAAAAUAGUAACUCAAUGAGGGACGAACGUGCCUGUAUAUUAGAAAUUAUACAAACGACUGCACUGGACUGUUGA